GAUUUUUCUGUAAUAUGCGGCAGAAGACAAUGUCUUACAAACUGUUCUUCAUCUUGGUUCUGCUACAUGUCGCUGUUGGGCGCGAGGUGCGCGGUCCCUCUCAAAGAAAACUGGAACGGUUCAGAGGAGUUUCUUUGAAGGCUGUACCCCCAGAAGUUUUUACCUCUUGCCUGCUCCGUUGUCAGAAACGUGAUCGGUGUCAGAUAGGAACGAGACAAAGUGGCCGGUUUUCGUCGCAGGAUAAAUGUUACAGAUGCAUUGAAAGGUGCUGGCUCGACAAAACAUACGUUAGUCCUAAAUCUAUAGAAGUGUGA